GGCGGGGCCGCAUAGUUAGUGGCUGGGCCCCGGGAGGCCAGACGUCCGACAUGGAGGCGGGGGGCUGCCGCUACCAGUUUCGGAUCGCGCUGCUGGGGGACGCGGCCGUGGGCAAGACGUCGCUGCUGCGGCGCUACGUGGCGGGCGCGCCUGGGAUCCCGGAACCCGAGCCGGAGCUCGAGUCGGUGCCCACGGUGGGCGUCGAGUUCUACAGCCGCACUCUGCAGCUGCGGGCCGGGCCGCGCGUGAAGCUGCAGCUCUGGGACACGGCGGGCCAAGAGCGCUUCAGGUGCAUCACCAGGUCCUUUUACCGGAAUGUGGUGGGUGUCCUGCUGGUCUUUGAUGUGACAAACAGGAAGUCCUUUGAACACAUCCAAGACUGGCACCAGGAGGUCAUGGCCACUCAGGGCCCCGACAAGGCGAUCUUCCUGCUGGUUGGCCACAAGAGUGACCUGCAGAGCACCCGUUGUGUCUCGGCCCAGGAGGCAGAGGAGCUGGCUGCUUCCCUGGGCAUGGCCUUCAUGGAGACCUCCGCCAAAAAUAACUGCAACGUGGACCUGGCCUUCAACACCCUCACUGAUGCCAUCCAGCAGGCCCUGCAGCAGGGGGACAUCAAACUGGAGGACGACUGGGGGGGUGUCCGGCUCAUCCAGAACACCCAAAUCCCCAGGCCCCCCAGCAGCACACAGCACCCGGGCCCAUGCAAGUGUUGACUCUGGGAGGGAAAGGGUUAAAGCAGUGUGGACCUCAUAAGUGCUGGUGAGAUGGGGAGUGUUAGUAUCUCUCUGGAGGGCAUAUGGCAGAAUCUAUCCUGAGGGUUAAUGUAAACAGUAUCCUGGUACA